AAAAUCAUCCCCCCAUCUCCCGGUAUUGAUUUCCCCGCACGCGAAUCCCAGCGCAGCGCGGCGCGCCCGGGCGCUGGCGGCUCCGUUCGCCCGCUCCCGCCGGGACCGGGAUCGGGACCGGGACCCGCACCGGGACCGGCGCCCCAUGGAAGGGCAGCGGCUGCGGCCGGAGCGCCUGAAGUUUGCCCGGAGCGAGGGAUGAGCGAUGGAGGGGCCGAGCCCGGCGGGAGCCCCGUGCUGCUGGCCGAGCCCGCGGCCACCGGGCGGGCCCGGGAGAAGGCGCCGACCCGGGCGGAGCUGGAGAGCGCCCUGCGCGGCGGCGGCGGAGGCGGCGGCGGCGGCGGCUUCAAGGACAUCCCCGGAACGUCGGCGGUCAGCCCCGGCUCCUCCAAGGAGUGCGCCCCGGACACCGAGAGCCCGUCGGGGACCGGCGAGGCGGAUUACUGCCGCCGCAUCCUGGUGCGAGAUGCCAAAGGGACCAUCCGGGAGAUCGUGCUGCCCAAGGGGCUGGACUUGGACCGGCCCAAGCGGACCCGGACGUCCUUCACGGCGGAGCAGCUCUACCGCCUGGAGCUGGAAUUCCAGCGCUGCCAGUACGUGGUGGGCAGGGAGAGGACGGAGUUAGCGCGGCAGCUCAACCUCUCCGAGACCCAGGUGAGGCUCGGGGGCUCCCCCG